AUGCAAGAAAACAUCUCUCAGUGCCUUGAAUUAGCCGAAAAAAUUGUUGGAGUUUUAGAUGGUGGCGAGGUUUACAAGAAAUACAAUCGAAUCAAACAAAAGAUUUUCAAUAAUUCUCACCAAAGUUUAGAACUUGAUCCUCAUUUGAAGAAAAUUGCAUUAGAAAACAGAGAUUUGCAACGCCAAAGAGAUGAACUAAGAGAAUCAUUACAAAAUUCAAAUACAUUAGAUAAUUAUAUCAUUAACGGACUUAUGAAAAUUCAAUCUAAAGUUGUUCCGAAUUCGGCCAUAAUAGAUCCAGACUCAAUUGAAGAUGCAAUUGCAAGUCUUCAAAAGGCAAUUGAAUCCAAAUUAGAAGCAAAUUCUAGUAUUCGCGAACAAUAUACUAGAAGUAAUACACAAUUACGCGAAAAAAUAUCAUCAUUAACAUCAUCUACAAAUGAACAGUUAGAUAGAAUCAAGAAUAGACAUAUUGAACAAGAUCAUAAAUAUCGUUUAAAGGCUCAAGAAGUUGAUCAACAACUUGCUGAAUUAAAUGCCGAAAUCGAAAAGACACAAUCACAGCUUACAGAGUUAGAAGAUGAAAAUAAUCAAAUAUCUUCAGAACUUCAUACUAUUGAUUCAAAAUCAUCCUCACUGAAGAGACAGCUUUCUGAGGCAGAGAAAAGAAAUAGCAUUGCACUUAGCCGUUAUAAUGACCUACAAAAUACUGCUAAACUCCUCUCAACCGAGCUAGAAACAAAAAUUGGUGAAAUUAAAAUGAUUCAUGCUCAACAGAGAUUUAACACUAUUGAUAUAGAAGAGUCGGAUAUUGAUGAGCUUGAAGCAAUUGAAGCAGAAUAUGAACAACUUCAGAAGGAGCAUAAGCGUCUCUCUGAUGAGAUUAAAAAGCAGCGUUUAACACUUGCAGGACUGGAUAAUAAUGAAGUUACUAAACUAACAACAAUUAGUAAGAUAUAG